AUUGCUGAAUAUAGUGGGCGAGAUAUGCUGAUUAAAGUAAAUUAUGUGUGGCACAAUUGUGCUGAUGGUGAAGUAUGCCGGAUGCGGUGAACCUACGUCAAGUACCUACAUUGGGAAAUGAUUCUGAAUAGUUGUUACCAAAUGAGAUGAAAAUAAUUUUGUGUGACUGUGCUCAUUGCAUAGAUCAAAAUGGAUAUUGAUUUAAACUUAUCAUUGCAAGUUCCAUGUCAUGUAAAGUCAGCUCAACCUGAACCACAGUUCUUGUUUUUAUUUCAUGAGCCAAAAUAUGAAGACUUCUUUCACCACUUUCUGUCAAAAAACGUCCCAUGUAUUCUGUCAUGUGGUGUAACAGAUAAAUGGGAUGCUUGCAAGAACUGGGUUGAUGCAAGAGGAGAACCUGAUCUUCAGGAUAUCUGCAAAUACUUUGGUGAUAUUGAAGUUCCGGUGGCCAACUGUUCAGAAAAGUACUUUGACUCGCAGCCAAAGACUCAGCAAACUCUGGAUGAGUAUGCGACCUACAUGAGACAACCAAAUCGUCAAGGAUGUCUGUACCUGAAGGACUGGCACCUGCAGAGGGAGCAGCGGCUCCGCCGGCCGGAAGACCCUCCCUUCUACCGGACUCCGCGCCUGGUGGCCUCCGAUUGGCUCAAUGAGUUCUGGGAGGCCCGGCCGGAGAAGGCAGAUGACUACCGAUUCGUCUAUGUCGGCGUCGCUGGAACAUGGACCCCAUUCCACGCCGACGUAUACCGCUCGUACAGUUGGUCAGCUAACGUGUGCGGCGCCAAACGCUGGAUCCUACUGCCACCUGGUGAGGAGGAGAAACUACGCAGCCUCUCCGGACUGCCGUUUGAUGUCGCUAGUGUCUUGAAUGCCGAGAGCGCGGAAAGCGUAGUAAGCUCUGAGCAGGUCCGCACCGGCGUCAGAAACAGCGACGGGGAAGGUGAAGGUGGCGAAAAAGUUGUCCCCCUCCAGCCACGGACCUCUGCCGACGGCGUUCGGUACUUUGACGUUCGUCAGGAGGCGGGAGAGGUGAUGUUCGUCCCCUCCGGCUGGCAUCAUCAGGUGUGGAACCUCCGGGACACCAUCUCAAUCAACCACAACUGGUUCAACGCGUCCAAUGUUCAUCUGGUCUGUGACCACCUAAUGGCCUCGCUGGCAGACGUGAGAGCAGAGCUGGCAGACAUAGCAGACGGUUCGGAUGAGUUCCUAUCGCAGUGUCAGACCCUACUCCGAGCCACACACGGUAUGGACCUAGCAGAGAUGGCUGAGCUGCUGUGUUUUACCAUCAAUCGGAGACUGGCGGCGCUGGCUGGCGGAGAGCCGGUGAUGGGACUGGAUGGGUACCGAUACGGUCGGGGACAUCUAGUGUAUGACGUGAAAAUAUGUGCGAGUAGAGAGCUCAGGAGGCUGCUCGCGCGGGAGGAGUUCGGGAGGCUGGAGGAACUGAAGCGGUGGCGCACGGAAGCCGAGCGGCUGCUGGAAGAACUAGAAGUGUUGGACUUGACGGUAGAUGGCACGACGGGUAAUUAAACGACCUAGAAUUGCGUUUGCUAUGUGAGAGCGCUGUGGUAGAUGCUAUCUGGCAACUCUGAUGUCUUCAGUAUGGGUUGUCAAGGUGCAGGUCUAACAAAGUGUGCACAGAUGUGUCGUGCAUGGUGAGGUUCCGCCAACGGAUGGGUAUUAUGUAAAGUCGUCCUUAUGCGAUUGAGGACAUAAGCGACUUGGUUAUCGCACUGUGAUAAUGCUGUUUUUCAAUGACUGGUCGAUGAUUGGUGUUAUCGACAGAGACUCAUAUUUAUGUAACAAUGAGCUCGUAAAUGUGCAGUUUUGUGCUUUCGAUUCAUGGGGUAAGCAGCACCUGAUUUCAAGCGCAAGAACUUACUCAAUCGUCAUCGUCUAGUGCAGUUAUAUAAGAGCUGAAUUAGUGGGAUGCCUUCUCGGCAUAGAUGACAGAAAUGCAGAUCAAUUCACAGUAGCAAACAUUUUUCUCUAAGAUUUUCAUUUGACUUGGAUGUUUUUUGUCACACAACCAUUGUUUCUUGAAUUCACGCCAUGAUCAGCCAUUAAUGCCAAUAUCUUUUUUCUAUUCAUUUGUGUUGCUGUGGCUGAUUGGAUGAAUGUACACUUAUGCACACGUAUAUACACUUCAAUCGUUUGUA